AUGGACGCAGAUGCCAGCUCGUUCAAGGACUCGAAAAACGCGGUCGAUGAGCUGCCGGCGACGGUGGAUACGGCGCUCGCGAAGCGGGUGGUGCGCAAGCUCGACUGGCGGCUCAUGCCGAUCAUGUUCGUCACGUACAACUUCAACUUCAUCGACAAGACGAUCCUGUCGAGCGCGUCCGUGUUCGGGUUGAAGGAAGGCACACACCUCGUCGGCGAGCAAUACAGCUGGGUAUCCAGCAUCUUCUACUUCGGCUACCUCUUCUGGGCCUACCCGACCUCCUUCCUCAUCCCUAAGCUCCCCGUCGGCAAAUACGUCUCCAUCAACACCGUCAUCUGGGGCCUCGUCGUCGCGCUCACGGCCGUGUGCACGAACUUUGGUGGGCUCGCGGCGCUGCGGUUCCUCCUCGGCGUCGUCGAGUCGACGAUCACGCCCGCGUUUGUGUUCAUCACGGGCACGUACUACACGCGCGAUGAGAUCCCGUUCCGGACGGGGACGUGGUUCGCGGGCAACUCGUUCGGCGGACUGGUGGCGAGCUUGCUCGCGUAUGCGAUUGGCAGGAUCGACAACCAGAUUCAGCCGUGGCAGUUCUUGUUUAUCAUCUUCGGCACGGCCACUGGCCUCUGGGGCUUCAUCCUUUACUACGUGCUCCCCGAUGGCAUCAGCUCCUGCAGGUUUCUCACCGAAGAAGAGAAGGCGUGCGCAAAAGACCGCGUCGCGCUCGCGGGGACCGGCAAUGCGACGGCUGAGACCAAGAAGUUGAAGACGUACCAGAUCAUCGAGUGCUUCAAGGACCCUAAGACGUGGCUGCUCGCCUCGAUCAGCAUCUGCACGCAGAUCCCGAACUCGGGGACGCAAAAUUUUGCCAACUUGGUGCUGAAGGGCUUUGGCUUCACCAGCCUGGAGACGACGCUGGUCGGCAUCCCUUCCUCCUUCGUUGCCUUCUUUACGAUCCUCAUAACUGGAUGGAUUGCGGGGCGCUUCAAGAACGCCUACUGCUUCCUCAUCAUCUUUGUCGUCAUCCCGCCCGUCGUUGGUAGUGCACUGAUCUACUCCGGCACCGUCAGCCUCGGCGUGCAGCUCUUCGGCUACUACCUCAUCUCCUUCGGCCCGGGCGCGCUCCCGCUCGCCAUGUCCGUCAUGAACACGAACUACCGUGGAAUGACGAAGAAGAUGACCAUGACGGCGCUCAUGUUCGUUGCGUACUGCACGGGGAAUAUCGCCGGCCCGCACUUCUUCAAGACGUCGGAAGCGCCUGUGUAUCAGACCGCCUUCCGCACGAUCAUGGUUUGCUACGCACUCGCCGUCGCAGAGGCGCUCCUCCUGCGCGCGUACCUGAUGUACGCGAACCGGAGACGAGCGGGGGAGACGGACGGCACGAUGGGGAAGGAGGCGUACGAGGACCUCACCGAUUGGGAGAUCCCUGGGAUGCAGUACCGGAUGUGA